CCUCCUCCUCUUUGUCCUUCUCUCCCUCUCUCUCUCUCUCUCUCUUCUCAAAUCCAAAGCUGCCUCCUUUCUCUGCUCUUCCUCUCUUCAAUGGUGCUCGGGAGCUUUUGCUCCAUGAAAGAUCGAAGCUUGAUCCUUCUCUGAACUCCCUUUGCGUUUCUUCGCCUUCUGUAUUCGAUGAUAAAAAUGCCGGCUUUGUUCCACAAGAUCUAUCUUGGGCCGGAUGGUUCUGAUCUGAGAUGAGAGGAAUCGAUUUGGGUUUGACUUCUGGAGUUCUUCUAUUCGAUAAGAAGAAGAGAGAGGAGUUGCAAGGUUUUGGUUCCCGUUCCAUGGCCACCGCCAAGCGCGCUUAUAAGCUUCAGGAGUUUGUGGCGCAUUCAUCCAAUGUGAAUUGCCUCAAGAUUGGGAGGAGAACCUCCAGAGUUCUUGUUACUGGUGGAGAGGAUCACAAGGUUAAUCUUUGGGCCAUUGGCAAGCCCAAUGCCGUAUUGAGUUUAUCUGGACAUACAAGUGCAGUUGAAUCAGUUAGUUUUGAUUCUUCAGAAGUAAUGGUUGCAGCUGGUGCAGCCAGUGGGACUAUAAAAUUGUGGGAUUUAGAGGAGGCAAAGAUUGUGCGGACUCUAACUGGUCAUCGGUCCAAUUGUAUGUCUGUUGAUUUUCAUCCAUUUGGGGAGUUCUUUGCUUCUGGUUCUUUAGAUACAAACCUUAAAAUUUGGGAUAUCAGAAGGAAAGGGUGUAUUCAUACGUACAAAGGUCACACAAGAGGAGUUAAUGCCAUUAGGUUCACACCGGAUGGGCGAUGGGUUGUUUCUGGUGGAGAAGACAAUGUCGUGAAGCUGUGGGACCUUACCGCCGGGAAGCUCCUACAUGAAUUCAAGUAUCAUGAGGGUCAGAUCCAGUGCAUGGAUUUUCAUCCUCAUGAGUUCCUUUUGGCGACAGGUUCUGCCGAUAAGACAGUUAAGUUCUGGGACCUUGAAACUUUCGAGUUGAUUGGAUCUUCUGGACCUGAGACUUCUGGUGUGCGUUCUAUGACCUUCAAUCCUGAUGGGAGAACUCUGCUCUGCGGACUGCAUGAAAGCCUCAAGGUUUGCUCAUGGGAACCAGUUAGAUGUUAUGAUACUGUGGAUGUUGGAUGGUCUAGAUUGUCAGAUCUGAACAUUCAUGAGGGAAAGCUUCUUGGAUGUUCUUAUAACCAAAGUUGUGUUGGUGUAUGGGUUGUAGACCUCUCGCGUGUUGAGCCGUAUGCAAUUGCAAAUGUUGUGAGAUUAAACGGUCAUUCUGAUCCAAAAUCUACUUCUGGUAAUUCAUCUGUUCAAACUGAGAGUGGUAUGAAGGCUAGCAUGGGAAGGUUGUCAAUUUCGCAAAAUUCAGAAACUGUAGUCAAGGAAACAAAGUCUACAGAAUCUCUUGAAAUUGCACCUGGUACUCCUCAAAGAAUUGGAUUAGGCACUGCUCAAAGGCCAAUGGCAGCAAAUUCAACAAUAACUGCUACAACGCUAAAGAGGAGUUCUUCGAAAGGACAUGGAACAGCCAACAUUCAAAACUUUAACAAGUCUGAUGUCACACCUGUGAUUGUCCCUCGAAACAGCUUUAGAUCUGAAGUGGUCCCUGAUACUAAAAGGGAAACUGGAGGACGAAUAUCAGUAUGCAAUGUUCAGUCGAAACUGUCUGAUUCUCGGAAGUCAGCUAAUACUCGAGAUGAUCCCUCUAGAGAAGGUGUUUCUGUUCCACCUGUUUCAAUUGGCAAUAAAAACAUUGAAGUUGGCAAUCAGGAUUCCAUUUUUGCUGCAAGUGUGGGAAGUCAACCAGUCUCUUCUACUGAGAGAAAUUUUGUUGAUGGUAGAUGCCUUGGGGUUGGGAAACCAGAAGGAAAUCUACUGAUGCAGCGAAGUCCUACCUACCGCCAUGAGAAUUUUGAUGUCAGAGUGCACAAGGUGAGAAACACAAGUUCUGCGGAGGUUUCAAGAGGAGGAAGAACUCGCACACUUCCUUCAGGUUGGGAAAGUUCAGAACGCUCUUCGAGCCAUGAAAGCCAAACUCCCAGCAAUUCUUCCGACACUAUGGGUCCUUCCAAUGGCAUAAAAUACACUUCGAGAGGUCGCAUGGUUUCCACCCAAAAGGAAGCAGUAUCUGCUAGUGAUGAGGAUGCUAUUGCUGACUUAAUGGAACAACAUGAACAAUUCUUAAAUACAACACAAUCUCACUUGACCAAAGUACAGGUAGUUCACCGGCUAUGGGAAAGAAACGACAUUAAAGGAGUAAUCAAUGCACUGGCGAAGAUGUCUGAUCAUGCUGUCUCUGCUGACGUUAUAAGUGUGUUUAUGGGCAAAGUUGAUAUUUUCACUCUGGAAUUAUGCACAUUCCUAUUUCCAUUACUUACAAGUCUUCUGGAGAGUAAGAUGGAUAGGCAUUUACUGGUUUCCAUGGAAAUGCUGUUGAAACUCGUCAAAAUCUUUGGCCCUGUGAUCCAUUCAACACUAUCCGCUGGUCCAUCUGUCGGUGUAGACGUUCAAGCUGAGCAGAGGCUUGAGCGAUGCAAUCUCUGUUUCAUCGAGCUGGAAAAAGUCAAGCAGGUUCUCCCUUCUCUGACGAGAAGAGGAGGAUCUCUCACGAAGACCGCGCAAGAGCUAAAACUCACUCUUCAGGACGUCCUGUGAGUGGCUAACUAUACGACAACUCAUUCAACGUAUCAGAAACUCAAAUUCUCUUCGUUAACUUAUUACCCUAAAAGAUGGAUGCCAAAGCUGCCUCUUGGGAGUAAUUUGGCCUAUACUCCGGAUACUCGGGUCGGCUCCAUCAGCAGCAGCUAUUAUUCGCUUACCGCUUAUAAUUUAUGUCUUGUAUAUGCUAACCCAGGUUUCUGUGUGUCGUGAAGCCAAGCCAUGACGGGUGAGUUGUUUCCCCGCAAGACUCCCCCCUGGCAUUUUAUCGGAGCGAAAAACCCUGAUGGAGAUUUCCCGGGAGAUUGAAAUGCUCUGAUGUUAUUGGCUUCAAGGAAUCAAGGGACAUUCUUGUUUGAACUUUGUAGUAGUAGUAGUAGUAGUGCAGAUGGUUUACUGUAAAGAUGGAUUAUUAUUUUGCUGAGUGCCCAAGUGUUUUGUUCAACCAACAUUUAUCUGUAAAUGGCUCUUCAUAAGCAUAAGUCCUCAUGCUUCUUUUUUCUUAAAAAAAAAAAAACCAAAUUGAAAGCUCUUAAAUAGUACCUUGAAAAAUGGAU